AUGGGCGUUAAACACGAAGAUUUAGGGCCAAGAAAUGCUUCUUCACCAUCGGCACCACUUGAUGGAGCACCACAGUUUCCUAAAAGAGUACGAGCACAACCGGGAGGACCUUCACAACGUCUUGGGACAUCACCGAAAAUGCUUGUAAAAGCAUUACCUAGAGAACCAGGUGUAUCUGGGAAACCAUGCUUUUCCGCUCCAAAUUCAUUAGGUGGUGAAGUUUCACGAGAUCGGACCGAACUAAAGUCUGCUUCUGUGGGAGCUCCAGGUGUCCUAGAAUCACAAAAUGCAGUGAAAGUGCAAAUUCCAAAAAAAGCACUGGUAUCUAUGGCUGUUGAUUACGAAGAAGAAGAACGCAAGUAUACAGGUGCUCAGAAAAUGUGUAUGGUAAUAUCUGGCAUAAUGGCAGUAUUUUUUCUUAUGACAGUGAUUGCUUCAGUUGUUAUCUUAGUCACUGGUUUCAAGAUUUUUACUUAA